GGACAUUGCCGUACAUGGUAAAAGAGAUUUCGCAAUCCGCUCCUCUCCAUGUUCCAAACAAAAACACACAGAGCUCACACAGACGGAAUUAAACUCUAACUUUCUACGAUAACUUGUCGACUUUGACGGAUGGUUGACGUCUUCGUUGCUUAGUGGAGGUUCUGUGGCUGAAUUGUUCCAGACUCCCUCUGCCUGUUACCAUUUUCAUCUCGACACCAGAGGGGACUCGGGUCAGAUUGUCUCUUGCAGGCAACGCCUCCAAAUGAGCCGGCCGUCGCAGGCGAAACUAACUACAACUGAUCACAACGGCGUGAGCGUCAUCCAGAGCCAGGCCCACGCCACCGCUUCCUCCUCAUCUCUGCCGGCAGCAGUAGCUGGUCUGCAGCAGGUUCCACAGCUCGUACCCGCCAACCCAUCAGCCGGAGGCGGUAAGGCCGCCCCACCCAGCAAAAUGAAGAAGCCCCAAGCAGACAAGGACAGCGACGAGUACCGCCAGCGGCGCGAACGCAAUAAUUUGGCGGUGAAGAAGAGCCGAAUGCGCAGCAAGCAGAAGGCGAUGGACACGCAGCAGCGCGUCAACGAGCUGAAGGAGGAGAACGAGCGGCUGGAGGCCAAGAUCAAACUGCUGAGCAAAGAGCUGAGCGUGCUCAAAGACCUGUUCCUGGAGCACGCCCACAACCUGGCUGACAAUGUCCAGCCACCGACAGGAGCAGAAGGCUCCAGCCCCGCCUCCAACAAUGCCGCCAACGGCCAGUGAAGGCAUCACGACUACAGGGACUGAUAUUUAGGAGCGUUUGCCCGCUGCAGCUUUUCUGGAAGCUUCUGUCACUUCGGAAAUAUGGCCUCACAUCAUGUUCACUGCUUUACUCAUUAUUUAAAUUUUUAUUCCAUCCUUUAAAAACCCCAAAUGUCACAACAAGGCUCCCUGCACACCCCUGGAAAUGAUCUGCAGAGAAUUUAGAAUUCAACCAGGUCGAAAGAAGCUGAAAUUAAUCAGACAGUUUGGAAAAGUCUUUAACAUUUAUAGAAAUCCAAUAUGAAAUCUGUAAAUGUUUUACACAUUGACUAUUUGAAAUCGACACGCUGUCCCUCAAUUAUGAAUACAUGAUCCCACUGUCAAAGCAUUUUUUUCUUCAUAUUUAUUUCAUUUUCUUACUUUCGUGUCAGUCACUCAUUCGUUUAUUCAGAUUUCUGGAAAUCUUUUUGGACUUGGACAAAACGGGACCCGUUCUCCAACUAAAGGGACUCAUGUCAUGUGAGAUGCCAAAAGAGUUAACAGUCAGGUAUUUUUGUUUUGUUUUGUUUUUUAACUGAUGGAUUUCAAAUGGCCGUCAGGCAGGGAUGUGAGGAUUUGGAAUAUCCUCCAAAACUGAGUUGUCCAGUGAGGAAUUCACACAAAGUGACUUAAAAGAAACUGAAACUGCACCAGCAGCAUCUCUAGGAACCAGAACACAUCGGCUGCAUUUACUUUUCAAACCUUUUCAGUCCAGAGUCUGGCAGACGGAUGCCAAAUACGUCACUUCUCGUCUGUUGGACAUAAAGGCUGACUACGUCACUGCUCCGCCUCGGCAGCAGGAUGAAGAUGUAAAAUCUUACAUUUCCCUUUUUUUAGGAUGUGUAUUUUCUUCUGUUGUUUUUGAAAAUGUCGAGUUAAAAAACCUGAUUUGAGAAUUUUAAGUAAAUUCACUACAUGUUGAUGUUAAAGGAUAAUUCUGCUUCUAACAGGCUGGGCGCUUUGACAGGUUCAGACAUUGAACAUUUAACUGUAAGUGUCAGUAGAAACACUGAACAGUAUGAUUAUGUAACUCA